AUGGAUCCAGCAGAGUGCACACAGGUGGGAAGCUGGGAGGGAGCACGGACAGCGCACCAGAAUGAAAUAUUCCGUAUCAUGGAACGUCAUGCUGCUCGCCCGUCUCCCCAAGGGCGAGAAUGGGUGAAAAAUCAUUGGUUCCGGCCACAGAGUAUAGUGGAUAGGAUCAGGGUAGUGCAGGAGUCUACAGUUAGGCGUGGGAAGGGAGAAGCCAUAAUUUGUGCUGUUUUGGGAGCAAGUUUGACAGCGGCCAUAGAGGAUAGGAGGCAGAAACUGUGUCAAGAUAAUACUGUGGUAGACUCUCUGGAAAGAACACUUGCAUCGCUACGAGAGCAGUUAAAAGAGACCAAGCAGGUGUUAGAGGAGGAAAGAACCCAAAAUUCUGUACUAAAGAACGCAUUGAGAGACGAAUUGUGGAAAGAAAGCGACUCAAGUCCCCAGGGGGGCUUGCAGAAAGCAGAGGGCAUGGUAGGAAAUCUUCCUCAUAUGCACCCCGUAGUUAAGACGGAGUAUUUGCAUGACGCAGAUGAUGACCAUCCCCAAAUUGUUACUAAAGAGGUUCCGUUUACAGAGACUGAAUUAAAGAAGGAUUUUGCAAGGUCUCCAGAGGAAUCAGAAACAGCGUAUUGGGCCGUAGGGCUGAACCCUGUGGAGAGGGGAGAGCCCCUAGCUACAACAGGUACGGUGGAUCAACUGGUAGAAAGUGUGCAAAAGGCGGCUUGUUUGCAGAUGAUGUAUGAUAGAGAACUUAAACCUAACCAGGGCUCUCCGAUGGUGAUGCCUGUGGAUCCAGAACGGACAACUCCUCUAACCCGAGUGUGACAAUUUACAAAUACCCAAAUGAAAUAGCUUGAAUUUUAGAAUCUGAUCUUGAAUUUUGGUUAUGUGGGUGAUACAGAGUUAUAGUAGCUAUGAGAACAGAAGGUACGUUAAGUUCUGAGGCAUGAGCAACUAGUAUCGUGCUUGCCUCGAUUACUGUGGAAAUAGCUAUGGACUUUGAAUUAAAACAAGGGGUGCCAGGAAAAACUGGCCUUGGCUUGGGAGAUCAGCCAAAGGAUGAAAUGAGCACGCGCACGGAUGGAGGUCAGCCGGCGGACACAGUGAGGAAGACUAUCGGCGACCACCAGAGGACGCCCGUCCAACAUAACCACGCAUGGAUUAGAGGCAUUUGCAUAUGAUAAUGAUUUCCAGGAAAUAACAAGAGUAUGCUAAUCACUACUCUCCCCCCAGUCUAUUCAAAUCAAUCAGUAAAGAUGACCGAUGAUUUCUGUAGAAUAGGAAUACGGGUAAGGUGAGGUAAGCGAAAGCCAAUCAUUAGUAGGGUCAAAUUAAACUUUAUGAAUUUUGUUGAUCUCACGUGAACCAUGACUCUGCUGAAA